AGGUGCAGUUCGCGGCGGCGGGGCGGGGCGAGCGCUCACCCCCACGUGACGGCGGCGGGCGGUGGCUGCGGCGGCGGCGGGGCCGCGCGCGCGCGCGCCCGGGAUGGAGGCCGGGCCCCGUGAGGGGCGCGCGGAGAGCAGGAAGGAGCACUGGAAGCUGCUAGGCAACUUGAAGACCACAGUGGAAGGUUUGGUGUCCACGAGCAACCCGAAUGUCUGGUCCAAGUAUGGCGGCUUGGAACGGCUCUGCAGAGAUAUGCACAGCAUCCUCUACCACGGCCUCAUCCAUGACAAGGUGUGCUGCAGACAGAAGGAUUACUGGCAGUUUGUGAAGGACAUUCGCUGGCUGAGUCCCAGCUCUGCUCAUCACCUGGAGAAGUUCAUCAGCCUGCAGGAGAGUGGCCAGCCUGACCCAGAGGGCCCAGGGGAUCAGGCCAUCGCACAGCUGUGGCUACAGCACAGCCUGCAGUGCCACUGCCUGUCGGCACAGCUGAGACCGCUCCUGGGGAACCGGCAGUACAUCAGAAAAUUCUACACAGACACUGCCUUCCUGCUCAGUGACGCCCACGUCACGGCCAUGCUGCAGUGCCUGGAGGCUGUCGAGCAGAACAACCCCAGGCUUCUGGCUCAGAUCGACACCUCCAUGCUGGCCGGCACGUCACUGCCAUCCCUGUGCAUGUCAGGUCCUUCUGCUGGGACAAGAGAGAUGUGUGACCAUGACGCUGAAGGACAUGAGAGCCAUCUGCCUGGGGCGCUGGGCUGCCUGGAUCGUUUCAGUGAGAGCCUGCUUACCAGGAAGAGUGACUGUCCGCCUCCAGUGACCAAGAGUCAGAGCCUGACUGCCCUCCCCGCGCCCCCGUAUGUCCCUGCUGCAGGCUGCACACAGCAGUGCUGCUUUGGGUCCUUCUCCAGCCUCCACCACCCAGCCUCCUCUGGCCUCCCAGACAGGAGACCAGUGAGUUCUUCUGUCAGCUCCAGCAUCAGCCAGCCCCAGGAGCGCUGCCCGUCCACCCGGUCCUCCUCCUUCAGCGAGGGCAGGUCCCCUCUGGAGCAGCCUGGCUCUGUCACCCCCUUCCACAUCCCCUCACCCAAAGACCCCUUCUCUCCAGCCAGCGAGAUGAGCUCCAGCACCACCAGCCAGAGCGAGGACACUUGGACAGGGAGUCAGGAUGAUCCGCAGAGCGAUGUUAACGAUGGGCCGGAGUACCUGGCCAUCGGGAACUUGGGGCGCAGGGGCCGAGCGUGCAGCAACACCAGCACCAACAGCACCAAGAGCAGUAGCUCCAAACUCUUCUCCUCCAGCAGCUCCCAGAAGCUGGACUCGGUCUCAUCCCUGGGGGAGCAGGGGGCAAGUGGAGGUGGAAGCAGGGGCCUGAGCCUGUUUCGCCGGUCCAGCUUCUCAGAGGGACAGUCAUCAGCUCCGCAGGGCAUCCUCAAGAAGAGCCAUGUGCGCUCGCACUCCGACACCAACGUGGCUUCAGCAAAGUUGCAUGGAGGCCUCAGGGAUAUCACCAUUAUAAUAGAAGAUCCAGUGGCAGAGUCCCAUGACGAUCCAGGUGGAGGGAGAGGGCCAGUCUCUGCUUCCACCCAGAGCAGUGAACUGAGCACACGCAGCUCCCUUUACAUAGAGUACGACUCUGGACAGUACCUGAGCUCGGGGGAAGGGAUGUUCAGAAGACCCUCAGAAGGGCAGUCCCUCAUCAGCUACCUCUCUGAGCAGGACUUUGGCAGCUGUGCGGACCUGGAGAAGGAGAAUGCGCACUUCAGCAUCUCAGAGUCCCUGAUCGCUGCCAUUGAGCUGAUGAAAUGCAACAUGAUGAGCCGGCAGCUGGAGGAGGAGGAGGAAGACAGCGACAAGGAGAUCCAGGAGCUUAAACAAAAGAUUCGCAUUCGGCGUCAGCAGAUCCGCACGAGACACCUGUUUCCUACCUGCCAGGAGAUGGGCUCAGACAGUCUCAUGGCAACAGACAGCGGGUCCCAGUUCAGCUCCCACGGCUCCAUGCGGCUCUCUGACUCCGGCUCUACGGAGGAUGUGGAAGAGUACGAGAUCCGAGAUGGUAACGAUGGAUCUAACCUGAUUCAAAUGUCCAAGAACGGCCUCUCAGUGUCAAUGGCUUCCUUGUUCUCAGAUGCAGACAUCAAGAGGAAUCCAGACUCCAGCAGGAAGUCCUUUCUCUCCUCAGAGUCCAUAUCCCACUCUUUCCUCAAUUCCAACUCGGCAGAGGCUGUGGCCAUGGGCUUGCUGAAGCAGUUUGAGGGCAUGCAGCUCCCGGCUGCCUCUGAAUUGGAGUGGCUGGUCCCUGAGCACGACGCCCCACAGAAGCUCCUGCCCAUCCCUGACUCUCUGCCCAUCUCUCCCGACGAUGGAGAACACGCUGACAUUUACAAGCUGAGGAUUCGAGUGCGUGGAAACCUGGAGUGGGCCCCACCACGACCACAGAUUAUCUUCAAUGUUCACCCAGCCCCAACGAGGAAGGUGGCCAUGGCUAAGCAGAAUUACCGGUGUGCAGGCUGUGGCAUUCGAACUGAUCCUGAUUACAUCAAGCGACUGCGCUACUGUGAGUACCUGGGGAAGUAUUUUUGCCAGUGCUGCCACGAGAACGCACAGACGGUCAUCCCCAGCCGCAUCCUGCGCAAGUGGGACUUCAGCAAGUACUACGUGAGCAACUUCUCUAAAGACCUGCUGAGCAAGAUCUGGAGUGACCCGCUCUUCAAUGUGCAGGAUAUCAAUCCUGCCCUGUACCGGAAAGUGAAGUCUCUUAACCAAGUGUGGCUGCUGCGAAUCCAGCUUUUCCACAUGAAGAACAUGUUUAAGACGUGCCGGCUAGCUAAAGACCUCCUAGAUGCUUUCGAUGCAGUACCUGGCCACUUGACGGAGGAUUUGCACCUCUACUCGCUGAGCGACCUCAGUGCCACAAAGAAAGGGGACUUGGUGCCUCGACUGACGGAGCUCCUGAAGGCAGGCAGCCUGCACGUUGAGAAGUGCAUGCUGUGCCAAGCCAAGGGCUUCAUCUGCGAGUUCUGCCAGAAUGAGGGCGACAUCAUCUUCCCCUUUGAGCUCAACAAGUGCAAGACAUGUGAAGAGUGCAAAGCCUGCUACCACAAAUCCUGCUUCAAAUCCACGCGCUGUCCCCGUUGUGAGCGGCUUCAAGCCCGGAGAGAGCUGCUGGCCAAGCAGAGCAUGGAGUCUUACAUCUCAGACUACGAAGAUGAGCUGGAGCAGCCGGAGACGGUGGCAGCCACAUGAGCAAGUUGCAGUGGAGGAGCAGAUUGUGGGUUUAUUUACAUGCAUGGCCUUUGUCACCAGAAACUGAGCCACAUGGACUGGAGAUGAGGAGGACUAUCAGGAGGCCUGGAGCGCUGUCUUGAAGGGAUCUGCUUUUUCCCCAUGCGGUAGUGCUGGGCUGGGGAAGGGGUGUCUUCCAUCGCCCAGGUCUGCUCCAGGUACUACUCACGCUCUCCAAUGCCUUUGCUUGGGGAAAGGUGGCUGCUCCUGCCUGUCCUGCAGGCAAAACAGGAGCCUUUUCCAAGCAUUUGUUCAUGCUGGACCAGGCAGGGCUGUGCUGCCUGUCCCCAUGCCCUGCUUCCUGGCAGGGUCCCCUGUGGGGUCAGUACUUUCUGCUCAUCAGCUGUAUACUAGGAAGCUCUGCCCACAUCUGCUCCUUGGAGGGGGGAGUCAGCUCUCUGAGUCCUCCGAUCCCCUGUCCUGCUGCUGAGGGUUGUGUGCGUGGAAGGUGGGUGGGGGUUUGGGGUUGGUUGUGCAUUUAACAGCUCCUUUUCUCACAUCUGCCUUGGGACACUGCCAGAGAGCAGUUGCUCUCACUCCAGGAUCAAAGCAGAGGAGGUGGCAGUGGUGAAAAUGCCAGAUUUCUGCCUCACUUCUCCAUGCUGUCUGUGCUGAGCUGCUUUCCCUGCCCUCCACCCGCAGCCUGUGCUGCAGAGGCGCGUUGCCCCUGCUGCAGCCGCACAAGGACUGGUGUUGCUGGGGUUUUGGUGGAGGCAGAUCCCCACAGCUAGGGGAUGCAGUAAGCGAGGCUUCCAACCCUCUUCCUCCUUAUGCUGCCGGUCUGCCUUCCUGGGGGGCACAUGUGCUCCUCUGAGGGUGACAUGGGACCUCACUCCGGUGGCACCGCAACCUGACUUCUGUGCAGCUGCCUUCUGCCCAAGACCCGUUGGGAUGCGGGUGAAGAGCCAGCCCUCUGGCCACAUCCCCCGAGCCUCUGUCUGUUUGUUCUUUUAGGUUGGGUUUUUGUUUUUUAAUCUGCUGGAUUUGGUUUUAUUUUUUUUACGCAGUUGUUUGUAUUUUUAACUGUGUUCCCUCCCACCCCCAGGGAGGUGCUGCUUGAAAUGCCUCUUUAAGGGAUAUGCGGUCUGCUUGGGACUCACUGGUAUAAAACCCCCAGGGCUGUCCUGCUCCUGGCUGCUCACCCCUGGAUGGAGCUGGCAUUUGCAGGGUGUCUGCUCGCCCAGUGGAUCUCCCACUGGCCCUGGGAGAGGGGUCCCUGAGCCAGGCAAAGCCUCGCGGCAGGGUGGCCAGGCAGCCUGCUUGCAGUGGGGGUGUCUGGGCUAGAGGGGCUUGGCACUGGGGUGCUCCAAAGGGUUGAUCCCUUGCUGACGCAGAGCUGCCUGCCACAACCAACGGCUCUGCGGGUCGGACCCAGCGGUACCAGGUGAGCUCUGCGCUCUGCAGCUGGCAGUCAGCCAAGGAGGUGCCUCUGCAUCGCAGGGGGAUACUUUAGCCCAUGGCACAGGUGAGUGUCCUGCACCACUUUAGCAUGGGUGGGAUGUGGGGUGGCAGUGGGGUGUUUGGACAGACAGUGUGGCUUGUGUACGUGCAAGAAGUGUGUUGAGGGUCUGGGCAGCAAUACACUGGCAGAAGGCAUCUAGGGGCGCUGGCUCUUUCAGCACGUACCCUGGCUUGGGGCUGGGAUGUGACCCCUCGUAGGCUGUCCCUGGUGGGGUGGCAGGACUGGGGAGGGGGCCAGAGGCUGGGACCAGGAGAGGUGGCCGUGGGGCCCGGCUGGGGAGGGUGGCUGCAAGCCUCGCUGCUGGGGGCCAGGCUGCUGGCUGGCAGCAUCUCUCCCAUGUUUGCAGCAUCCUGACAAAGCCAGGUCUAGCCCAGGAAAGGGCGCUCAGCUCCCUACUUGCUCUCUUGGGGUUUUUUGCUGCCUCUUGUCCUGCUUCUGCUUAUUUUCCCCAGGGGAGCGGCUGUUCUGCUCACUCGCUGUCUCUGCAAGCCCUGGGGCUGCCAGACACCGCAGACACUCUCGUGCCUGUCCCCAACCCCAAGCCAAGCCCUCCUGCUGCUGCCCUGAGUUGGCACCCCCUUCCCUGGAGCCACCUCAGCAUCACACCUCCAUCCACCCUGUUUUGUUUGAAGCACUUUAAUGUCGUGGGACAGCAGCUUAGUGGCUGCCUGCAUCCCUUUCUAGAAGCACUGAGUACGUUUAGAGAAGAGGGAAGGGUUAUUUGUGGUUUCCACCCUCCGCCGUGGACUUUAUCUGGCAGCAGCAAGACUUGCAAACCUGGUGGAGGUCUCCAGGGCAGGGUUGUGCCCAGCAGUGCCACUGCUGCCCAGCACUGACCACUACGAGUGACACUGGAACUGGCCAAGGCGGUGAGCUCUUUGUAGGAGAACGAGGGGCUGCCCCGGCUGUCAGCUGGGGACUAUUGCACAGCAUAGCAACAAAAAUGCCGUCCCUAAUAAACUAAGUUAAUAAGG